AUGGAGCCCAGGAAUAAUUGCAGUAGGCAUGGUUGGAUUGCAACCAAGAGGUGUAUAAAUUUUUCCUUUCUUGCUGCCUUCUUCCUCCCCUCGGUUGAUGCAACGAAUCUGAGGGAGGCUUUGCUAUCACCAGCGCUUUUCGACAAUGGUGUGAAGCCUUGGGGGUUUCAAAAAAGCCGUGAAUGUUUUAUUUGGAGUAAGAACCGACAACCAUUGACUGCUAAUUUUGGGAGGGAUUUGACACUUUCGAGCAUCUUAUUAGAAGACCGCCUGAGAGGUGGUUCCCAGGAAGCUGCCGAAGAUGGUGACAAGGACAAAGAAGUGGAUGAAGAAGAAGAAGAGAAUGAUGAGCAACUAGAUGAAGAUGGUGAGGAGGAGGAGGAGGAGGAUUUAGAAGACGACGAAGAUGAUCUUGAGGAGGAAGAAGAGGAAGAACCUGUUGGUGCUGAACUGGAGGAAUCUGGCGAAUUUGAUGAGCCAUUGGUUGCAUCUCCGAUGCUUGGACUAUAUGCUACGUUUGGUGUCAUGGCGCUUUCCAAAAAGAUCAGUUUAUACGACCCGACAGUUGUGCGAGUGGCUCGCUUUGCAUUCCUCGGAUACCUUUUCCUAUUGCAGGCAUUCUUGUUAUACGUACGCAUCAGAGCCAAAGCAGAAAACGACCGAACUCCCAUAAAACUUUCGAAUCCAGUGAGCAACCUCAUACAACAACAACUGCAAGGCCAGGACAGCACCAAUGCAAUGAUGAAAAACUUGGCAUCAUCUUUCUUAUCCUCUGAAUCAACAAAUCUGGAAUACGAUUUGAAGCAGGCCAAAGGCAUGCAAGGUGGCUUGCUCUUUAACAUGUGCUUUAUGUGGUUCCUCCAUUUCAAGAUGGAACAAAUACAACCUCUCAUGGUCACAACGGUGACUGGUCUCAUCAACUUGGUCUACAGCCCACUGUUCCAGGUUUAUGUACUGGACGAGGAAGAAGAAGAGGAAUGA